GCGGCGCCGAAGGAGCACGCAGCGCGGCGCCACUCCACGAGCCGUUUCGACUUUCGAGACCGAGACCGAGCCCGAGCUCCUCGCGUGUCACUGCAGCUCUCCGCUUCGAUCGCUUCUGCGUGGGCGAAGAACAGGCCAGCGAGUUUCCCCAAGAACUCAAAUCCUCGCCUCACGGCCGGACGGCCGGUGGCAUCGCCGCGCGACGGACGAUGAAGCACACGACGUCGGACUCGGACGUGACGAGCCUGGCGACCACGUCGCCGUCGCGGUCGCCCAAGAGGGCGGCGUACUACGUCGUCAGCCCGUCGCGCGACUCGCGGGACGACGGCGACAAGUCCUCGUCCACGCAGGCCACGCCCGUGUACAACAGCCCCCUCGACUCCCCGUCGCACCAGUCCUCCAUCGGCCCGCACUCCAGGGCCUCCUCCGCCAGCCGCUUCUCCGGGAACCUCACCGGCGGCGUCAGGGCCGCCGCCACGCGGAAGCGCCCCCACGGCCACGGCAAGGGGUGGCACGAGGUCGACGUGAUCGACGAGGAGGACGCCGAGGACGCCGGCGUGGACCAGGAGCGGGAGCUCUCCAGGAGCUGCGUCGCCGCCUUCUGGUUCUCGGUUUUCGUCCUGGCCUUCACCCUCGUCUGCCUCGUCGUGUGGGGCGCCGCCCGCCGAGACAAACCCAGCGUCCUCGUCAAGAGCCUGACAGUGGAGAACUUCUACGCCGGCGAAGGGACGGACGCCACCGGAGUGCCGACCAAGUUCGUCACGAUGAACUGCUCGCUGGAGAUGGACGUCGACAACCCCUCCACCAUGUUCGGCAUCCAUGUUUCUUCCACCUCCAUCCAGCUCUACUACUCGCAGAUACCCAUCGCCAGCGGUCAGUUGGAGAAGUUCUACCAGCCCAAGAAGAGCCGACACGUCUUAUCGGUGAACCUGCACGGCGAGAAGACGCCCCUCUAUGGAGCCGGGGCUACCUUCGUUCUGACUGACACCGACGGCGUGCCCCUGACUGUGGACUUGGCGGUGAGGACCAGAGGGUAUGUCAUCGGCAGGCUUGUCAGGGUGACACACGCCAAGCGUGUGAGAUGCCCGGUUCUUGUGAGCUCUCUUACCGACAGGCCCAUCAUGAUCGCCCAGACUGCUUGCAGCUACACUUGAUGCGGUGAUCUAUUGCUUGAGAUGUUGUUAGUUUUAAUAAGUACUUAUAAAGGUUGUGAUCGUGUAGAUAUUGUUGAAGUCGUUCAUGACAUAGGAACAAUCUGAUUAAUAAUUCUUCAGCAUUAGUGUUUGAUUGA